AAAGCAACGCGAGUAUCAUGUCCUAUCAUACUCACCGAAGUCGAUGGUCCUGAAUGUGCGCAAGGUGGAUGUGGAUGGCAUGCUGACACUAGGCAGCUAAUCCGGAGGCUCCAUGAAUCUAGUGCAGUCGAAGAUUGUACCGAUGGCGUCAGGAUAAGUUAUCCUGACCCCGUUUAUCCAGAAUACCAAAUUAUGCUCCUAAAGACGCGCGAAGGGAAAUCACUUCUGGCUGUUGAGCCGGAGAUAAAAUCUAUAGCAAUCUCUACUUCAAACACCUUCAUGAUCACAAUACAACAUGCUACCAACAAACCCAGGAACCAAGAAGAGGUAGUGACGGAGACUAAAUCACCUUUGCACCAUCUGCACAAAGAGAACGAUCACAGAGGGUCAUUUGUCAAGCAUGGAAUGGCUGACGACGAACUCACAAAUUUAUCCUCGGAAAACGACGAGCCCCUCAGAAAAGUCCCCAAGAUUACUUUUCUGCCGAUCACGAGCCCUUCUCAAGUCGAUCACUUUCCACCCAAGCAAAACAUCUUAGGAAACCAGAAUUAUGAUGAAGCUUGCAUGGACUCAGAUUCCAGUUACGUGCAAUCAGAAGACGAAUGUUCUAAUUAUGAAGACCUCGGAUUCGAAAAUUCGAAAGGUGAAAGAGGCGAGACGUUAAAUGGUAGACGACCAAUAGGAAAGCGAGUACAAGAGGAGAUAAAUUAUCUACGGUCGUUGGUAGUGAGUCGCCCGGGGUACGAGGUUUUCUGUAAAGGAAAAUUCCGCCGUGGGAGUAGCAACGCAGCUAUUGUAGCUGCCUGGAAAUUUGGUGUCGAGUUCGAAGAGGAGUAUAGUCAUACCAUGGUACCGCCAUCAAUCGCAGAUCUGGGCUUAUUUGGAGAUACAUUCAAGAAAAGAGCGAUUUUGUGCACCCUUGAAGUUGGAUAUUUGUGGAUGGCUGAAGCACACAUGGGCAUACGGGUGCUGAAACGUGUUGGCUUAGGGGGAACAAGACCAAACCAGAGCGUAAUUGCCUUAGUUAACAGCACAAUAACGCGCAAGAAGCCCAAACCAAGCCUUGUCACCUACCUGAAGCAAUUUGACGAAUAAUCCAACGUUCAUCCUUCAUUCAUGUAGGGGAGGGUGUCUUUUCAACGACUUCCCUUUGUUUCGAUGACGAACUAGGAUAAUAUUAAGAUUGCUCAGUGAUUUUGUAGUCUCCUAUAAGCAGACCAAUCACGGAAGAAGAGUCGUAACAUCAAACCAUCAAACCAUCAUCCAUCAUGAUGUUAUCCUUAUCAGCAAGGUCCGAGAAGGCUAAAUUAAUUUAUGAUACUCGGCGAGUUGACUGAAUUCCUCCUCUAAUUCGCUGGGGGAAACACAUCAUCCGAGAUCCGACAGGAGAAACCAU